AUGCUCUCAGAACACUUCCAUCGCUACAGAGGCAGGCCAGGCUCAGGCCCUGAAAGUGUGUGGGAGAGCUUCCACGAUCUCCUGCAACCCCUGGACCCUUCAAGACACAGCCCAGGCCUGGGAGAUAGACCUGGGGAAAACUCUGUACCUGAACUCCCUGAAGACAGACUAGGAGCCUGUACUACCCAGCUAAUCAAGGCACAGAACAUCUUGCCAGAGGGUCAGAGGGGAACGUGGGUUGAAGGCUUACCACGGAUUGACUUGCAGCACUAUGCAUUUCAUUUUGAAGGCUCUCUUUAUCAAGUAACAUCCGUAAUUCAGUACCAAGCAAAUGAUCAUUUCAUAGAAUGGAUUUUACAUGCUGAUGGCAGUUGGAUGGAAUAUGAUGACCUAAAGGGUUUAUGUGCUCUAAGGCACAAAAAGUUUGAAGUUUCUGCUUCAGAGAUACAUAUUGUUAUUUGGGAAAGAAAAACAUCUCAGUCAACAGAUGAAGAAACUGCCUGCCCUGCACUUAAGAAGGCUAAUGAUCAGCGUGCUUCAGGGGAAGAGAGAGCAGCAUCUCCAGCACUGCCUUCUGUGGGCCAGGCUGCCUCCACAGGAACGUCCUCGGUCAUUGUGCCCACGUCUGUGUCACUCGUUCCUCAUGCUCUUCCACAGGACAGAGCUGUGGCACAUGAAGAUUAUGUACUUGGAGAUUCAAAAGUUUUGGGUGACAGCAAUAUUUUACCUGUGACACUUGAACGAUCUAUCUGGAAAACUGCCUCAGUUUUUCAGGUUACCACUGAAACAUUCCUACCAGAAAAUAGGCCUGUGGCAAAAAAUAUAGGGCUUAUCAAAACAAACACUUUGCAAUUGCAAGAAUCACCAGUGGAGUCUUCAGUGUUGGCUCCAUGUGGAAAAAAGCUUAGCCAAGCCCAGUCUGUGGAUUCAAGUUUCCCAUUGCAAUUUGUAAAUACAAACACGCAGUUGACCCUGCUGAAUACAGAAGAUGCAGUUCCUCAACCUGUGAAUAAUGCUCAUGGUCUUGUACAGGGAGUAAAGUCAGUGCAAGUUGAAAAGCACACUCAGUUAAAGCAAUCCUUUUUGUGGGAAAAUGAGAAAUUAAAACCAGAAUCACCUUCUGUAUCUCAGGCAUCUAAUUUGAAGAAAAAAGCCACAGCAGAUCCACAGACUGUGACAGCCAAAUCCUCACAGAAACAGUCCCUAAAAGAAAAUCAGAAGAAACCCUUUGUGGGAAGUUGGGUUAAAGGCCUGCUAAACAGGGGUGCUUCUUUUAUGCCAUCAUGUGUUUCAGUUCAUAAUAAAAUCACAAUAAGUGAUUUGCAGCCGUCAGUUAAAGGAGCAAGUAAUUUUGGUGGUUUUAAAACUAAAGGUGUGAAGCAGAAGGCCAGCCACACAUCGAAGAAAGCCCGUAGAUCUGCAGAUAAGCUUCCUGUCUGCAACCCUCCACCCGGUCUUCCACGGUCAGAGAACAAAGCUGCUCCUCCACAUGGAAGCAAAAGUGCUGCUUCAGAGCUUCCAAGGGAGCAAGACUGCGCCUCCCACAAAGCUGACCUCAGUCACUCUUCUCACGGAAGGGAAAAUGGACUUUCUUCAGCAAACCACACAGAUUCAGCUGUAGAUCAGAUUCAUAAGCUUCGUCUAAAACUUCUUAAAAAGCUAAAGGCUAAAAAGAAGAAGUUAGCUGCCCUCAAAGCUUCCCCUCAAAGCAGAACGCUUCCCAGUGAGAAUUUAGAAAAUGGGCUGCACUGUGAGUCUCCAAAUGAUUGUGAAUCAAUAGAAGACUUGUUAAAUGAAUUGCAGUAUCAAAUUGAUAUUGCAGAUGAUGAAUCUGGGUGUACCACUGCUUCUAGUGUUGCCUCAUAUAAUCAAAUGCAUGAAGAAAUUUUAGCAGAGUUACUGUCACCAAGUAUUUCAACAGAACUCUCAGAAACCGGGGAGGCUGACUUUAUGUAUUUGGAAAUGGGAGACAACCACAUCCCCACUCCAGAACCUACUGAAUUAACUAAUAAUCCCCAGGACAUAAAUCUGAAAGAGGAGCAUAAUUAUUGCAGCCCCACCAAGAGGAAUCAGUGUGAAGUUCAUGCAGUCUCCCAAAUAGCAAUACCUGCAUUAAACUUGGAGAGCCCCGUGAAGGCUGCUAUCUUUGAUGAGUUUUUUCCUACUACAUUAACUUCUUCGGCAAAUGACACCUUGGAUUUAGCUCAUUUUGAUGAAUGUAUGUUUGAGAGUUAUUGAGUAUUUGUUAACUCUAAUAUUUAUUAUUGUUAGAAAAACUUAACUGCAUUUUUUGAUAGUGUUUCUACACUGUUGUAAUAACCGUGAAGGAAAUUUAAGCUGCUGAAAGUUU